AUGCAGAGUCUACUCAAGAUGUUCAGUCUGUCCAAUGCCCCCACAGUUCCUCUCGGUGACGACGAGCUCAGUGCAGAUGCGGACGAACCACCGGACGAUCAAGUAUCUCCACUGACCAUCGUUCCCACGCGAGAGGCCCUCUACCACCGAUCCAAUGCUCCUCCAAACCCUCGUCGCGAGUCUCUUUUGACCCGUGCCAUCCUGGCCGAAUCCAAGCACGAAGAUGAUACCCAUAACAUGGCGGAGCGUGGGCUGUCAACAACCUCCUCUCACAGCACGGCGAGCAUGCCUUCGACCGCCGAGUUGACGAGUGAUGGAGACACCAGUCAGACGCGGUCAGCAACACCCAGUCCGCCGCCACCUUCACGACGCUUCGGCCCACUCCUCAGUCUCCAGAAAACCGACCCCAAAGUGAUAAUUGCCCCGAUAACCAAGGUCGAUAAGGAAGCCGUGGCAGACGUCGGCGAAGCAGCAGUUGAGAAGACACUGGGCCGUAAACGCUGCAUCAUGUUUGCUUGCGGCGGCACGGACUCGGAAAAGAGCAAAGACAGCGUAAUAAUAAGCAAGGAAAAGCCAGCAGCUGAUCAACCCGAGCUUCCCAAGCGAAAGUGUGCGAUCAGCUUUGCUUGUCCUUCGCGAACAAGCCCAAACGAGAUCAAAAGCUCUCCCUCCAAAUUACGGACCGAAUCAAAGAACGCACGUCGACCGUCUCCUGCACCCGUCCGACGCAAAUCCACUUCGACCGAGUCUGUCGACCUCUCUGGCCGCUCCGCCGACACAGCCAAGAUGCCUACUCACGAAAAACCGAAACCUAGCCCGCCCUCUCUAAAGGCGACCUUUCAUGAGUUUGGUACAUCUCAGGACGAGACUGACUCAUGGGUUGAUCAACCUGACUUCCACAAAGAGAGGCUCACCUUUGAUGAUUGUAUGAAAAAGGAAAACCGUAUCCGUCAAAUUGGACGAGAAGCGGAAGAGGAGGCGGAGGAAGAAGAACGCGAGCAGGAGGAGCUCGAAAAUGCAUCUGAGGAUGAGGACAAUGACAACGAAGACGACUUCGCCCCAUCUGAUGAUGGCUCCGAUGGUGGCAAUGAAUCGGACGAUGAAGGAGGCUUUGCCAGCUCCGACGAAGAAAGCGAUGGCGGCUCUGAAUAUCGAUUUUGGGCUCCUUCCAACACCAGCGCGGCCACGAGCAAUGAACAUCUCAAUAUCAGUCACUUCAGUGCACGCCGACAUUCCGAAGCCAGUUCUGUCGAGUCUUUGACCCGUUCGAGCACCCCACCCCUCCAUUCGAUGAUCAGGCAAGCUGGAAGACGUCGCAACAAUACCUCCAAGGUGCCCAAAAUGAGACCCGGCACCCCGGAGUUACCGGACAGUACCGACUUUGUGUGUGGGACUCUUGAUGAGGAUCGUCCCCUAGAGGCCGCAUAUAUCUCUUGCCGCGAGCAGAAGAAGCGGGAGAAACACAUCCCCAUCCCACAGGACAUCGAUCCAAGCUUCCCGACCACUGACCCGGAAGACAACGAAGAAAAUACUGAUGACGAAGAGCUCAACGAGUCACAGCAUAGCUCGGAGGGCCCGCGAUGGCUCAAGGAUGGGUUUGCUGACUUUGACGAGGAGCAUCAUGGACGCCGAAAGCCAUCGUUCACCAUGCCAAUCGCUCAUUCACCCUCUCCACCUCGUGCUGCAUUUGGUGGAAGAGUAGGUCGCAGCACUCACCGCUCCCCGCCGCUGAAGCACGCGAAUGCACGGUCGCCGCCGCCCCGAAAAUUGUUUGGCCAUUCCCCCACCAGGUUCAGGUCACCUUUCCCGUCAGCCAAGUUGCGCUCCCCUCGUGGCUCGCCUACGAACGCGGGCAUUCCAACCAGGAUCAAUCCGAGAGGACUCGCUCAACGUCCGACUAUGGAGCGGACAGCGUCCCUCCCAGACACUCCUAAUCCAUUCUUCAAAAACUUCCACAUUGGCAGUCCUUCCAUCUCCAACAUCGCGUCUGGGGCUGUCACACCAGCCGUUGAGGAAGCCCCUCGUCCGGACAUGCACGUUCGCGGCCCGGUCGACAUUGUGGCCGGGCUUGAAAAGAAACGGCAGAAGCGCAAAGAAAAAUACUGGCGUCAGCACUGUCGUAAAGCGGCCAAAGAACAAGCCGGACGCAAGCCAGUUCCAGGUCGUGGAGCGGAAAGAAUGAAGGAGCUUGGUCUCGAAUGUGCCGAGCGAACAAAAGGCUACGGUAUCGGACAACAGACCCAGCUGGUGCUGUCGCUUUGA